AUGAUCAUCUUCUCGUCGCGCAGUGUACUGCUGUCUGUCUAUUACCCGCAGAUCUUCCUCAUCCUGACGAGUGGCAGCUACCUGGCCCUGUCCUCGGUGGUGGCUCUGGGUGCCAACAUCAUCUGCAACAAGAUUCCCGGGCUGGCACCUCGCCAGCGGGCCAUCUGCCAGAGCCGCCCGGACGCCAUCAUCGUAGUGGGCGAAGGCGCCCAGAUGGGCAUCAAUGAGUGCCAGUACCAGUUCCGAUAUGGACGCUGGAACUGUUCGGCGCUGGGAGAAAGGACGGUCUUCGGUCAGGAGCUGCGAGUAGGCAGUCGGGAAGCAGCGUUCACCUACGCCAUCACAGCAGCGGGGGUGGCCCACGCCAUCACAGCAGCGUGCAGCCAGGGCAACCUGAGCCAGUGUGGCUGCGACCGGGAGAAGCAGGGGUAUUACAAUCAGGAGGAAGGCUGGAAGUGGGGAGGCUGCUCGGCUGACAUCAAGUACGGGAUCGAGUUCUCUCGCCGCUUCGUGGAUGCCCGCGAGAUUAAAAAGACCCCACGCCGCUUGAUGAACUUGCAUAACAAUGAGGCAGGGAGAAAGGUACUAGAAGAAAGGAUGAAGCUGGAGUGCAAGUGCCACGGCGUCUCGGGCUCCUGCACCACCAAGACCUGUUGGACGACCCUUCCCAAGUUCCGAGAGAUUGGCUACUUACUCAAGGACAAGUACAACGAAGCCGUGCACGUGGAGGUAGUCCGGGCUAGCCGACUGCGCCAGCCCACCCACCUCAAGGUGAAGCAGACUCAGGGCUACCGCAAGCCCAUGGAGACAGACCUUGUCUACAUCGAGAGGUCGCCCAACUACUGCGAGGAGGACGCAGCCACGGGGAGCGUGGGCACCCAGGGACGCCUGUGCAACCGCACCUCGCCACAUACAGACGGCUGCGACCUUAUGUGCUGUGGGCGGGGCUACAAUACACACCAGUACACCAAAGUGUGGCAGUGCAACUGUAAGUUCCAAUGGUGCUGCUUCGUCAAGUGCAACACGUGCAGCGAGAGGACGGAGGUGUUUACCUGCAAAUAA